UCAGUUCCCGAAUUCAAUUCAUACGAAUUUAAAGACUCUACGAAGACCGAAAGUAAACUUAAUAAACGUUUUUAUUCUACUUAUUUUUCCUUAUUCCUUUUUCCUUGACUACCAACCACAGAGGAUCUCUCCUCAACUCGUGACUUUAUCUCUCACUUCUAUUUAUUAUUUUUUUUUUUGUGACAGCCUUUUCAGGGCAAAUUCUAUCACACUCUCCCAACUUUUGGGUGAUUCGAAGUGGGAGCUCAGCACAAAAAACCUUCAACCCAUCAUAUCGGAGCCACUUAACAUUUUUUUUUUUUAAAUGUUAAAACAUUAAUGAGAUGGAAAUAUCUUCCUUAUAUUCUGUGUAUUGAAUUUUGUCACCUAGUAAUUUCGCUUUAGCAGAGUGCACACACUCUGAGAUAUAAUCUGCAAUAUAAUCAUUCACUCUGAAAGCCUAACUCUCUGUCUCACACAAAUAAGAUGGUUGAGGACGUAGCUAGCGGCAACCACCACCUCCAACAACAACAACCACAAGCAUUUGAUGUCUCCGUUGAAGGGUAUGAACACAGAGAUUCCAAGUUCUUUGAUGAGGACGGCCGCCACAAACGAACUGGUACUGUGUGGACUGCAAGUGCGCACAUAAUAACGGCGGUUAUUGGCGCUGGGGUGUUGUCCUUGUCUUGGGCUAUAGCUCAGCUUGGUUGGGUUGCUGGUCCUGCUGCGAUGAUUCUCUUCUCUCUUGUUACCUACUACACUUCCACUCUUCUAUCUGUUUGUUACCGUACCGGUGACCCAGUUAAUGGAAAGAGAAACCACACAUACAUGGAUGCUGUUAGAUCAAUUCUUGGUAUGUUAUGCCACCAGAUUCAAUUCACCAAAGCAAUUUUUUUGGGGCUGGAAACUGGUGGCUUUAAGGUCAAGAUUUGCGGUUGUAUUCAGUAUGCUAACCUUUUUGGCGUUGCCGUUGGGUACACAGUAGCAGCUUCCAUAAGCAUGAUGGCAGUCCAAAGGUCUAAUUGCUUCCACAGUAGCGGUGGGAAGGAUCCGUGCCACAUGAAUAGCAAUGUGUACAUGAUUACGUUUGGUGUUGCGGAAAUUAUCCUCUCCCAAAUUCCAGACUUCGAUCAGUUAUGGUGGCUUUCCAUUGUAGCUGCUGUCAUGUCCUUCACUUACUCGAUAAUUGGACUGGGUUUGGGUGUUGGUAAAGUCGUAGAAAACAAGAGAGUAAGAGGAAGCCUAACCGGCAUAACUGUUGGGACUGUGAGUGAGAGUAGAAAAAUUUGGAGAACCUUCCAAGCACUUGGCGACAUAGCCUUUGCUUACUCAUACUCAAUGAUCCUGAUAGAAAUUGAGGAUACUGUCAAAUCUCCUCCAAAAGAGUCCACAACAAUGAAGAAGGCUACUUUCAUUAGUGUAGUAGUCACAACCUUUUUCUACAUGCUAUGCGGCUGCUUUGGAUACGCUGCUUUCGGAGACUCGAGCCCCGGAAACCUUCUCACUGGAUUCGGAUUCUACAAUCCGUUUUGGCUGCUUGACGUAGCCAAUGCUGCCAUUGUUGUCCACCUUGUUGGCGCAUACCAAGUGUACUGCCAGCCCCUUUUCUCAUUCAUAGAGAAAACGGCCACGGAUAGAUUCCCAAACAGUGAUUUCGUCAACAAAGAAAUUAAAAUACCGAUCCCAGGGUACCAUCCGUAUAAACUCAAUCUCUUCAGAUUGGUGUGGAGGACAAUUUUUGUCAUCAUAACAACUCUUUUAUCAAUGCUACUUCCAUUUUUCAAUGACAUUGUGGGGCUUCUUGGAGCCAUUGGAUUUUGGCCCAUAACAGUGUAUUUUCCGGUGGAGAUGUACAUUGUUCAGAAGAGAAUACCAAAGUGGAGCACAAGAUGGGUAUGCUUAUACAUGCUUAGUUUUGCUUGCCUUAUAGUUAGUGUGACAGCUGCAGCAGGUUCUGUUGCUGGGAUCAUCGACGAUGUAAAAGUUUACAAGCCAUUUAGGACUAACUACUAAUUCAGUAGGAUAAACUUAGAUGUUAGGGAUCACCAUUCGUGUUUAUAUGAAAGCUUGGUUUGGUGAUCUUGUUUAACUGCUCUGUCUUUAAUUUCAGUUGUGUCAAAUAAGAAAUAAGAAGUAUCUCACCGAUGCUCUAUGUUUAAUUUACAAAGGACAUAGGGGCACUCAAUCGUUAACUUAUGAGUAUAUGUCAAAUUAGGUUCCUAAAAACUUCUGCAUAAGAUGUAUUGGUUUCUAAGAAAAAUUUAUUACAUUGAGUUCCCU